CACCGUACCAUCUUCAGCGAGGAGCAGCUGCAGGCGCUCGAGGCGCUCUUCGUACAGAACCAGUAUCCCGACGUGGGCACGCGCGAGCGCUUGGCGGUCCGCAUCCGCCUGCGGGAGGAGCGCGUGGAGGUCUGGUUCAAGAAUCGCCGGGCCAAGUGGCGACAUCAAAAGCGUGCUUCAUCGUUGAGGCUCCUGCCUGGAACCAAGAAACCUCCCAAGGAGAGCUGUUGA